AUGAGACUGGCAACUGUUCUUCCUGCCUUCGCGGCAUUCCAUCUUAUCCAAGCACUUGAGGCCCCUAUUCCGGGUUAUGGUGUCGAGGAAUUCUCUUGGGAGGUUGAGACCAAGCCAGGAGGUGACAAAGUUAUUCUCAACGGCACCGUGCAAGAAAUCUAUGCCGAAUUGCUCGACAUCAACCCAAAAUAUGAUUUGGAUUUCGCGGACAUUCUCGCGCAACCGAAUGAUGUUACCAAGGAGGACACCCCUCACCUACAAAAGCGACUUGCUGUUACUUGCAACAACUAUGACCAGGCACUCCGAACAAGGAUCCAGGAAGGUAUCAGUCACCUACGCAGCGUCCGAGGCCAACCCACCAAUGGUCCUGGACCUGGAAAUUGCGGAAGAGUGAGCUGCUCGUAUAACUCUGCGAUCUGGUGGUGCAAUGAUAACACAUCGCCGAAGACCCUUGGCGGGUUCGGCAACAUUGCCGAUAGUGCUCAGGUCAUCAUCAAUCAAUGCGGUCCAACAGAAGGCUAUGUUUCGGGAGAAGAAAACCAUGGAGAUAAAUGGAGGGGCAUCGUCCGCCGGACUCCCUGCUGA